AUGUGGGUUCAUGUAUCUGAAGAAUUUGAUGAGAAAAAGCUCUUAACAAAAAUGAUAGAGUCCUCGACUCGGAAUAAGUUUGAAGCUUCAUCAAACAUGGAUGUCCUAGUACGUAAAGUCCGAGAGCAACUAGGUGGGAAGAGAUAUUUGCUGGUACUUGACGAUUUAUGGAACGAUAAUGCUGAGCAAUGGGAGAGAUUCUACAGUCAGUUGCUUGUUGGUGGUCAAGGGAGUAAAAUUUUAAUCACUACUCGUAAAGCUCAGGUUGCAGAGAUGUUGUUAAGGGGAGCAUUCCUCCUUACAAAUUGGAAAAAUUAG